GUCGCUAGUGAAGUUGAUGAUGGUGCAUGUAAUGAGGCGUUCACGUUCCCUCCGACGUGAUUGUUUUGCUGCAAGUUGAGUGGACCCUUUUCCAAAUUAUUUGCAUGGUUUGUGUAGUUUGCAAGCGUUUUGAGUAAUGCCACUAAAUUUGAGAGAAUAUUAUCAGGAUAUAAUGCUUUGCUUUUAAUAUAUUCCAGUGAAAUGUUAGGUUUCGUAUUAUCUUCUAGUGUUGCGUUUUUUGUGUCUUCUUGUGAUGCCCUCUGUCGCUUUUACCCAAGUGUAUGAUUUUGUACAUUGCCCUGCCUGUUUAAUUUCAAUGACACAUUCAUAUGCAGCAACUUGGCGCAUUGCAUUCUAGAAAAAUAGUGUUGUAUGGUGGCUUCAUGUCGCCAUGUUGAGCCCAUUGCGUUCAUGGACGACACCUGCAGCCAAUCGGAUAAUUAAUUCAUUUCCUGGAUUAGCCGCAGCGCGCUCUCUGAUUGGCAGAGACCUCUGAUUAGUUUACAUGAGCUCGCCUGCGACCACGCCGACGCCCCCCUAAACCACCCCCUUUCAUUUACGAAGAAGUUUGACGUGAGCAGACUCUAAACCACCUGCUUAAACACCUCAAAAGCUGUGUAAGGGGAAGAGUCGCAACGCAAUUGAACAUUGAUUACGUCGUGAGGAGACUGACUUUCGCGACAGUGGAACGAGAUGGUCGUGCACAUGGACACACUUUCACACAAACCCACGCAAAUGUACACAAACGGUGUACGUUUGCAGACGCCAUCUCCAAGUUAACAUGGCAGUCAGACUGUGCGAUGUGGCUUCUCUGCUUAGAAGUGGUUCGUGGGCGCCUGAGCCUUGGACUGGGCAGGUAAUUGCAGCCAUGGAAUCGCAACUGUCCAACGGGCCGUCGUGCAACAACACAAGCAACGGCCCAUCGACCAUGUCCAACAACUGCUCCUCGCCUGUUGAAUCGAGCAGCAUGGAGGAGAGUAAAACUAACUUGAUCGUCAACUACUUGCCUCAGAACAUGACCCAGGAGGAGCUGAAGAGCUUGUUUGCCAGCAUCGGCGAGAUCGAGUCCUGUAAGCUUGUCCGGGACAAAAUAGCAGGGCAAAGCCUAGGUUAUGGCUUCGUCAACUACGUAGACCCCAAGGACGCAGAGAAAGCCAUCAACACCUUAAACGGCUUGAGACUUCAAACAAAAACCAUUAAGGUUUCCUACGCGCGUCCAAGCUCUGCUUCCAUCCGUGAUGCUAAUUUGUAUGUCAGUGGCUUGCCAAAGACCAUGACUCAAAAAGAACUGGAACAGCUUUUUGCUCAGUAUGGCCGCAUCAUAACCUCACGCAUCCUCGUGGACCAGGUGACCGGACUUUCUAGAGGGGUUGGUUUUAUCCGCUUUGACCGGCGAGUGGAGGCGGAGGAAGCUAUCAAGGGCCUUAACUGCCAGAAACCGCCUGGCGCCACUGAGCCUAUAACAGUGAAGUUCGCCAACAACCCCAGCCAGAAGACUAGCCAGGCGCUGCUGUCCCAGCUGUACCAGUCACCCAAUCGAAGGUACCCAGGACCACUCGCACAGCAGGCACGCUUCAGGCUGGACAAUCUGCUUAACAUGGCUUAUGGCGUUAAAAGCAGGUUCUCCCCCAUGGCCAUCGAUGGGGUGACCAGCCUGGCAGGCAUAAACCUCCCGGGCCACCCUGGCAGCGGCUGGUGCAUCUUCGUCUACAACCUGGCGCCGGACGCCGAUGAAAGCAUCUUGUGGCAAAUGUUUGGGCCGUUUGGCGCUGUCACCAACGUCAAGGUCAUACGUGACUUCAACACAAACAAGUGCAAGGGAUUCGGCUUUGUUACUAUGACAAACUACGAUGAGGCGGCCGUAGCCAUCGCCAGCUUGAAUGGGUAUCGCCUCGGGGACCGCAUGCUACAGGUGUCGUUCAAAACCAACAAAACACAUAAAGCCUGAAAAAAAAAAAACGUUAAUUUUCUACAUUAGUGAACAACUUUGUAAGAUAGCCUCACAAAGAAUAUUCCUAGCGUUUUUGUUGUUUUUUUUUUUUUUUUUGCUUUGAAUCUUUCGAUACAUAAAAGAACGAGUAUAUAGGUUUUGUCGAUCUUUUGCGCCAAGUCUUGUGCGGUGUUGUGAUUUUGUUUUUUUGUGUCCCGAUUGUUUCUGUUGCCUUGAGCGUUUAACUUCCUUUAAACUCUUUUAUCGGGUUUGUUGUAUUAUACUCAUUCUCAUCGUCACUCGGUGAUCGGUCAGUCGACCGCAUAAUGUUGCUUACUGUAAAGUUGUAACGGAGAGAAAGACAAAAAAUAUAUCUCGCCAAAGAGCUAAGAACCUCUUUGGGUUUAAGAAAAAAAGUCUAUUUUUAUAAAAAAAAAAAAAAAUUGGAGUAAACUUUUUACUGAACCUGGAACAAUAAUACAAAUUUAAAAAGUAUUUUGACUUUGACAGAUUUCUUCGUACGACAACCCUUGUGAGCGUAAUGAAGAAAAUUGCAGCCGGGAGACGUUUGUGAUGUGAACAAAAAAAAAAGUUUGUAUUCUCUUUGCUGAUUUCUGUUGUAUUUUUUCAUUUGCUGUUUUGCUAUUUGAUUUUAUGACAAAACUGGGACUCUAAUCUUUCUUUUUGUUUGUUUCAUGGAAGACCCUUAGUUAAGAUGUGUUGCUUGCUUUUGGUAUGUAGAUAGUCUCACUUUGUCCGCAAAAACAUGGUUUUGUUUAUAAUACACAAACAUUAUAGACCUCUAUUUAUGUGGCACAUACAGAACCAGGGUUUUUUCUUGUUAAAUAUAUAGAAAUAUUACUAAUGCAUAUAAACGGUCUUUAAAUGCUUCAAAGGUGUAAUAAAAGUGACAAUUAGGCAACACACUUCAAAACCUUUAAAGAGCAGCGCACUUUAUGCAUUAUAUAUGAAUAUCGUUAUCAUUAUCUGUUAAACUUUUAUGCAUUGUGAUGCCCCCAAUUAGCUAUAAUUAGUUUUUGUACUGUUUUAUUUUUUGUCCAAGGAGUUCGGCCUGCAAAUAUGCUCCCUUCCUUCAUGUGGCUUGAAUGUAAAGAACGCUUCAUUUAGCUGUUUUGUUGUUCGUUGUUGUUGUUGGAAAACAAUAAUUUAAGUAUUUAAAGAAGAGAUGUACUUGUUAUUUAUGUUGUUUUUUUUUUCAGUACUUAAAAGAAACUAUUUGUUGACCCCAAAAUACCCCCAUUUGUUGAGUACAUCAAUAAAUAAGUUUGAAGGGCAAAA